AUGGCCGAAGACGCACGUAAGCGUGCGGCGGAUGAUGAUGAUGAUCGCGUCGAUUCACAGAGUGAGGAGGAAGGCGAGGACUUGAUGAAGGAGUCAGGAAAUCUUGUCGGCAUGGAUAGUAGUGACGAGGACGAAGAUGAGGACGAGAAUGAAGAGGAGCAGCGGCGUGUCGCUGAGGGUUUCAUUGUCGACGAAGAUGAAGAAGAAGGGGAUAAAGAACGUGCACACAAGCGCAAGCGGCGGCACAAGCACCACCGAGAAGUGGAUGAGGAACUGGAUGAAGAUGAUUUGGCAUUGCUUUCCGAGAAUACGCGACCAGAGGGCGCACCGCAUAAACGUGCGAGGCCAGCAUCAGACGCGCAACGUACUGAUGAUCUUGCUCAUAUUUUUGAUGACGAAGAAGAAGAUGAGCGUGGCGAAGGUGAUGGUGUUUCAGGUGCACAACCAGCGGACUACUACGACGAUGGACUCGAUGACUUUAUUGAGGACGAUGAAGAGGAUGCUGAGAUGGGCGGUCUGAAUGAAGAAGAACGCGAGGCACGUCGACAAGAAAGGCUGGAGGAGCGCCGGCGAGCACGCAUGUCUGGUGCACGGUUGGACCCACGCAAGGCCGGUAUGGAUCUUGAGGCGUGGGAUGAAGUGCAUGACAUCUUUGGGAAUGGCGAAGACUACGCAUGGGCGCUAGAAGCUGACGAUGAGCCGGCAGAGGAGGGGAAAGAGCGCAUGGAGUACAAGGACAUUUUCGAGCCAGCGCAGAUCCGUGAGCGCCUGCUGACGGAGGAUGAUGAACGCAUUCGCCAGGUCGAUAUACCUGAGCGGCUGCAGCUGAUGAUGCCAGGGCAUGAGGGACUGGAGCUUCUCGAACGCAAACUCACGGAUGCUGAGCUUGACGAUGCUGCCCACUGGGCAUCCACACGUAUAUCGACACGGUGUACAGCUGAAUUUCUCGAUGAAUUUGCGCCUCAUUCGCGACUGCGGACCGAAUGGCAUGCAUGUGUGCGCCAGAUGCUUGCUUACAUGCUGAAUGACUUGCUGGAAGUGUCGUUCCUGACACAGCAUCGACUGGACGAGCUCGAAUACACGCCGAUAGAGGCAGGCGCACCGUCAGCGCACAAGAACGCCGCUACCACGACACUGCUGGUCAGGCAGGAACUCUUGACGCUACAUACACUCGGCAUCAAGUACAAGCUCCUGCUGAGUCGCAAAGACUCGCUCCGCAGCACGUUUUCGGAACUUGAAGCCACAUUCACUGAUGCGCCCGUCGACGGAUCGAUUGAUAUUCACGCCGUGCGUAGCACAGUAGAGGACCUACUUGUUCAAGCAAGCACACUCGAGGAAGUCACAGAUAUCUCAGAGUGGCUUGCGAUGCGCUUUGGCGAGCGCUUCCGAGAGGCUACGGUCUUGGCCAAGGGGCAUGAAACGCAGACACUUAAACGACCCACCGUUGUCAGUGAGUAUGACCAGCGAAAGCAUACGCCUAUGGCACAGCUCGCUGCGCGUCUUGGUCUCACGUCGACACAGCUCGCUGCGAAUGUCGCCGGCGGCAUCAAACAAUUCGUGCCCGAUGACGAUGAGUCGGCACCUCUGACAGUGGCCGACGAGUUCAUUGGAGCCGCCCCCGGUGCCACGACGGCCGAGGCGGCCCUCGCUCUUGCACGCACUCUUCUUGCACAUGAGAUUGGCAAGGAGCCUGCGCUGCGCCGCGAAGUUCGCACUCUGUUCCGCACAUCAGCUCUUCUGGAUGUGGAGCCCACGGAACGUGGUAUGACACGGAUCGACGAGGCGCAUCCGUACUACAAUUUCAAGUUCUUGCGUGCAAAGCCUGUUCAUGCUAUCUUGCAAAAUGCAUCCCAACUCCUUCAGAUUGUUCAUGCGGAGGAGGAGCGUCUUGUGCACGUGACGCUUCGUCUGCCGACCGACACAGCCAACAAACUUGAGCAGCGCCUGCAGGAUCAGUUCGUCAGCGACGGUGUCAGCGCACGCUCACAGGCCUGGAACGAUGAGCGCCGUGCCGUCAUUGAAGAGGUGUGUGCGUCAUUCCUGCUGCCUCUGGGCCGUGCAUGGACGCGUGAGUGGCUCCUGGAAGAAUGUCGAGAGGCUCUCUUGCGCCAAUGCGAACAGAAACUGACACAGCGUGUGGAAGGUGGUCCGGUCCAGUCAGCCGGCAUGCUGAGCAGGCAAGGCGAUCCAGAAUGGGACGAGCAAGUGAGUCAUGUGCCCCGGGUGCUUGCUGUGUCGCAUGGCUCCGGCGAUCCACGCACGAGCAAGGUCGUGGCGAUCUGCCUCGACGAAGACGGUCACCUGAUUGAGCGCGUCACGUACGACACACUUCGGCCGCUUCGGGGCGCCGCAGUCGAAGCUGGCGACGACUCGGAUGUACAGGAGGAUCCUCGGGCUGAAUUCACGAAGCUUGUGCGCCGCCGACACCCAGAUGUCAUCGUCGUGAACGGGUUCAGUGCGCAUGCGCAGGAGCUGAAAGCGAUUGUACAGGACCUGGUUUCGUCCGCGUAUGAGGAGCGCGUGCGUGAAGAGGGCCUCGAAGGCAUCGCAGCGGAGCAUGCUCGCAUGGACGUUGUAAGCGUGUACGACGACGUCGCCCGUCUAUACCAGCACAGUGCUCGCGCAGCAGAAGAGUUCCCGGAACUGAGUGUGCUCGCCCGCUAUUGUGUGGGCUUGGCUCGCUACGCGCAGUCGCCGGUGAACGAAUUUGCUGCACUGGGUGCCGACUUGACCGCCGUGCAAUUCGAUCCUGCACAGCGCCUGCUGCCAACGGAGCGCUUGCGCGUGUGCUUAGAGAGAGCGAUCGUUAUGUUGGUCAAUGACAUUGGCCUCGAUUUGCAGAUCGCACUGACAAACACGUAUGUCCAGCACAUGCUGCCGUUCAUCGCCGGACUCGGGCCACGCAAGGCACAGGCGCUACUGAAUGCCAUCCGCACUCGCUUGGAUGGCAUCGUUGUGAACCGAGAAGUGCUAGUGCGUCGUGGUUUGUUAUCGUUCGUCGUGUGGAAUAACGCUAUCUCAUUCCUGCGCAUUGACCAAGAUGCUGCGGCAGACGCCCUCGACGAUGACGCCCAGCCCGACGUGCUUGACACGACCCGCAUUCAUCCAGAAGACUACGACUUUCCCCGGCAGAUGGCUCGCGACGCACUGAACAAGCAUGAAGAGGACUUGGAGGGCGAGCACCCCAGUCUGGCAUGUGCAGAGAUCAUGGAAGAUGCACGGCCGUCAGAGAAGCUUGCGGCACUGGAUUUGGACAACUAUGCUACCAUGCUGUGGGAGCGCCGCGGACUGCGCAAGCGGCUCACAUUGCUCACUUGCAAACAGGAGCUCAUCCGACCCUAUGACGACUGGCGCCCCCCGCAGCUUCUUCCGACAACCGAAGAGUUGUUUAUGAUGUUCACCGGCGAAACGCGUCGCUCCCUGUCCGAAGGCUAUGUCGUACCAGUCAUCGUAACGCGCAUCGAGGAAGGACGCGAUAUCGAAGGCGUUCUGCGCGUUCGAUUGGAAGCGGGCAUCGAUGGCGUAAUCACCGGACGAGACAUCAUGCCCGGCUACAACUCGCGUGACGUGCGGCUGCGUCGGCUUUUCCGCUCUGGCCAAGCACUCAAUGCCGUCAUCGUCCAGCUUGACCUGCAGCGCAUGCGAGCUGAGCUUAGUCUUCGGGCGGAAGCAUUCGAGUACGUGAACCCAGCUCAAGGUCACACACCUGUCGACCCGAUGUAUUUCGACCACGAACGCGCACAGAUGGCCAAUGAUGCUGCUGAUGAACGUGCCCGCCGCCGGCACCAGACACGCAUUGGACGCCGUGUCAUUGACCAUCCUAAUUUUCACAACCUAAAUGCCGUGCAGGCACAGAACUUUUUGGCGACGCAGCCACGCGGCUCCGUCGUAAUCCGGCCUAGCUCACGUGGCAUGGACCAUCUCGCCGUCACCUGGAAAGUCGACGACGGCGUAUACCAGCAUAUCGACGUACUUGAGCUCGACAAGGAAAACGAUUAUGCACUUGGCCGUAUCCUGCGUGUUGCUGACAUGGGCUCGUACGCCGACCUAGAUGACCUGAUCGUGAAUCACGUGCGUCCUAUGGCGGCCAUGGUCGAGAUGAUGAUGAACCAUGAAAAGUUCAAAGGCGCCGACGAACGUGCUCUCCACACCUUCCUGACAAAUGCUUCACUCGCGAAUCCGAACCGCUCUGUCUACGCAUUCGGCCUCAACAAACAGCACCCGGGCUACUUUGAUCUCGCAUUCAAGGCCAACAGCCAAGCCCCCAUCCAGUCCUGGCCUGUCAAGGUGCUACCAGGCGCCUUCAAGUUGGGGCAGGCGACACAGCUGGCUGAUGUUGCAGCACUAACGAAUGCGUUCAAGACACAAUACAUGGCACAGACGAACCCCAUGCGUGGUGAUCGUACGUCCGCACCCCACGGAGGCAUGACGCCUGCGUACUACGGAGGACGCACACCUGGGCGCGUCGGCGGUGGUAUGACGCCUGCUUAUGCGGGUGGUGGCGCCACUCCGAACUACGGACUUACGCCCGGUUACGGUGCACCGCCGAUGUACAGCCGACCACCACCAGGUCCCCCGCCCGCUAUGCCUGGGCCGCCACCACGUGGACCGCCUGGUGCGUCAUCGCGUUGGUAA